AUGUCGGUGAUGAAUGAGCCUACGGUGGACUUCCACUUGAAGCUCAACGAGCAGCAAUUCCAUAUACCAAAUGAGCUUUUAAAGAGAAACUUAAAACAGUGUCAGAAGCUCAUAGACAAAGAGGCGACAGCGCUAGAGAAGAGCUUUGAGGAGCUUGACAGGCUUGUCCGCAAUCCGCAGAAUGACGAAAGCAGCAUGGCGUUGUUGAACGAGAUUAUCCAGAAGGUCGAGCGGCUAGAGCGGAAGCUCACAAAGAGAGUCAACGUGGAGCUCCAGCUUCUUCAGCGGAUCGAUGCGCGCAUUAAAUACUACCAACAGCUUGAUCAGAUCAAGCAGAGCGGCGACCGAAACCGGCUUCUCGAGUGGUAUCAGUCCUACACUAACUUGUUGAUCAGCGACUAUCUCACGCGGAACAGCAUGUACGAGGGCGAAGAUGACAUCAGUUGCAGCUCGACGCCGCCGCCGGCGCGACUGAAGCGAAAGCUGAGCUCCGCAAGCUCGCAGCUCACCACCGCAACAAGCAACAACGAUCCGGAUCGCUCACAUGUGAACCCUGGCGUGGAGUACCUGAAGCAACAGGGCUUGGAUCUUCUACUUGACUACGAUAUUUUGUUGACUACUAACCGAAUAUCUAAACAGCUCACGAUUAACCACGAAUUAGGGCCUUUAUUGGACUGGAUCAAGGAGAAUGCGACCUACUUGAAACACACCUCAUCCAUGUUGGAGUUCGAAGCUAGGUUCCAGGAAUAUAUUGAAUAUGUUAAGGUGGAGGAUUACUCCAAAGCGAUCACAUGCUUCCAAACACAUUUGGUGAAGUUUUUAUACUCAAACCCACUGGACCUACAGCAGGCCGCAGGUCUAUUGGUGUUCAUCAAGGCAUGUAAAAGUAACAUCUCGUCCUACGUGCCGACUCCACGUCAUGAGGAGAUUGUCAAACAACAGACGCUCUUGCAGUCCAAAGAGGAUUUUUGGUCGUUCUUCUUCUUGAAACUCCCCAAGAGCUCCAAGAAGGACCACAAAACCAACAUCGAAGUCAAGAACAACGAGCUAGCAGCUAGCGUCGAUAUUAAGAGAUAUAUGGAAUUAUUAGAUGACAGGAGAUGGGAAAAGUUGAACGAAAUGUUCUUAAAAGCUUAUUAUUCAAUGUAUGGUAUCUCGUAUCAUGAUCCGUUAUUGAUAUAUUUGUCAUUGGGGAUUUCCUCCCUAAAGACAAAGGAUUGUUUGCAUGAAAGGAGAGCGUUCGUGUCGCCAAACAAUGAACUUUCCGAAUUUUUAAGCUCAGAGGUUCUACGGAAUGCAUGCCCUGUAUGUAGCCCUGAGUUCGCACCCAUUGCUCAAAAGCUUCCAUAUGCUCACCAAGUCCAAUCAAGGUUGUUUGAAAACCCCGUAAUGUUGCCCAGCGGAAACGUCUAUGAUGCAGAAAAGUUGAAGGCAUUGGCCCAAACAUUACGAAAGCGCAAGCUUGUUGUUAUGGGGGAGGACGAGGUCUUGGAUCCAAUUGCUGGUCAUACAUACGCAUUAACAGAUUUUAUUACUAUGUAUCCAACGUGA